AUGCAUCCGCAUCUCCACACUAAAGAUAACAAAGGGUGCGACGAAAUCAUGACCGCACUCGAGGAGUGUCAUGCCAAAGGCUUCCUAUGGAAGGCGGCGGGCAUGUGCAGCGACAUCAAGCGUGACGUUAACAAGUGCCUGCGCGCUGAGCGUUUGGACCGAACGGCGAAGAAUAGGGAGCAAGCGCGAGAGAAGAGAGCGAAGGUCGAAGCUGUUUGGGCGGAGAUUGAGGCAAACUCAUGA